AUGGACUGGAACAGCAACUCAUCAGCAGCAGGCAAACGCAAACACCUUCUUCUUCUUCUUCCCAGUCUCAUCAUCAUCCCCACCAUUCUUCUGCUAUUAUUUUCUAGUUCUCUAGCUGCCAGCGACAACAGUACUCUGACCCAAGACGGGCCGGCCCUGAAUUCCUCCUCCGCCCUCGUCUCCCCAAACGGCCAAUUCACUUUGGAAUUCCGGCGACUCGGCUACCCAGACUCCAACGGCAGCUACCUCGGGAUCCGGAACAGCAACUCGACCGACUUCUGCUGGGUAGCCAACCGCGACUCCCCAAUACCAGACGACUCGGGACAGCUUACUCUGGACCAAAAUGGAACCCUUAAGCUCACACACUCCGCUGGCCUUUCCGUCGAGCUUUACACCUCCGACAGCCGCAGCCGGCGGCCGCAGAGAUUGGUCGCGGUACUAGAAGACACGGGCAAUUUCGCUCUGAGGGAUGAUGAUUCUGGAGAACUGUUGUGGCAGAGUUUCGAUCACCCUGCCGAUUCGUGGCUGCAGGGGAUGAAAUUGGGGAUGGUCAGCGGAGGUAGAAACCAAACGGUGACGUCAUGGAUGACCCGUUUGACCCCGGCGAGCGGGGCUUUCACGCUGGAGUGGGAUCCCGCCGGCGAGCAGCUGGUGGUGAAACGGCGAGGCACCGCGUUCUGGGCCAGCGGCAAGUCGUCGUCUUCAUCUCCCAAUUACUCAUUCCGCGGUACCUUGGUUCAGAACUAUUUCAACGCGUCUCGCGUUUCCAAUGCCGCAGAGGAUUACUUGAUCCUAGAAGCUCCCAGGAUUUUUCGACUCACCCACUUAGGGGAUUUCGAGGACCAAUCCUUCGGGAGUUUCACAAUCGGGUCACCCUGCGACGGUGAAACCAAGAACGAUUACGGGUGCCUUAAAUGGGAGGGACCCGAAUGCCGGAGUAGGAAUGGCGGAUACAGAUUCAUGGAGCUGGAAGGUGGGUUCAGGAGCGGGUCCUGGAAGGAGGUCAAGAAUGGCAGCCUCAGUUUCAGCGAUUGCCGCGAAAUGUGCUGGAACGACUGUGAAUGCGGCGGGCUUCGCGUCGACCUCUUUGAUGGUUUUGGGAUCAAUGGGAAUGACACUGGAUGUCAGUUGUUCUAUGGGUCUGGCGGAUUUGCAGAAUUUGAAACCAGUCGAUUUCUGGACAUGUAUCAUGUCAUUGUUGAUGAAGCUUAUGGAAAACCUGUCACCCGUCCUUCAAACGUUGCAGUUCGGAUUGGGGUUUCAUUUGCUGCAGUGGGGGUUCUUGGUGUGGUCGUCAUUUGCGUUUUCUUGUACUGCAGAAGGCGCAAACUCAGAGAAAGACUUCUAGCAGAGUUGAUGGCCCCUGAUGAUGCAGCAAAUGUUGGAGAAAAGAUAGGGGAUGAUGGCGAUCCAGGCCACAAUUUGAAAAUUUAUAGCAUAGCAUCAAUCAUAGUGGCUACUGAUAACUUCUCGCUGCAAAAUAAACUUGGACAAGGAGGGUUUGGACCUGUAUAUAAGGGAAAGUUGUCGGAAGGUCGAGAAGUAGCAGUGAAGAAAUUGUCAAAAAGAUCAAGCCAAGGUUUGGUUGAAUUUAGAAACGAGCUUAUACUCAUAGCAAAGUUACAACACACAAACCUGGUGAGGGUUCUGGGUUGCUGCAUCCAUGGAGAAGAGAAGAUGUUGGUGUAUGAAUAUAUGCCCAACAAGAGCUUAGAUUCUUUUAUCUUCGCAGAUGAAUCGAAGAGGGUAUUGUUGGAUUGGAAUAAGCGGUUGGACAUCAUCGAAGGAAUAGCUCAGGGUUUGUUGUACCUUCACAAGUACUCGAGAGUGACAAUCAUACACAGAGAUCUGAAAAUUAGUAACAUAUUACUGGAUGAAAAUCUGAACCCGAAGAUCUCGGAUUUUGGACUGGCGCGUAUUUUCAAUACGGAUGCAACAGAAGCUAAUACAAACAGACCCGUUGGAACAUAUGGCUAUAUGUCUCCGGAGUAUGCCAUGGACGGCAAUUUCUCCACUAAAUCUGAUGUGUUCAGCUUCGGAGUUAUGCUUCUGGAAAUUGUGAGCGGAAGGAAGAACUACAGUCUCAUCCAAGUGGAUCCCCCUAUCAACCUUGUGGGCUAUGCAUGGAAGCUGUGGAAAGAAAGCUCCCCAAUAGAGUUGAUGGAUCCAACUCUGAAGUCUUCAUGUAUUAAUGAAGACCAAGUACUUAGAUGCAUCAAUGUAGGACUACUUUGCAUAGAAUACAAUGCAUACGAUAGACCAGCAAUGCCAGAGGUAAUAUCAAUGAUAACCGGUGAAGUCCUGCAACUGCCCAUGCCAAAACAACCGGCAGUCACGAUGAUGAGACCAAGAAGCACCAAGGAAAGCUCGAGCACCGGAGAAUCGGAAACCUGCUCAAACAAUAAAGUCACCAUAACAAAUAUCAGUGGUAGAUGACAAAGAUGGUGCAAGUUAGUCAGCUUUUAGUGUGUGAAUUUUUGACUUGGCUAUUCUGUAGACCCAAUCAUUCAUCAUGUGCCAUAUUUAUGGGUUUCAUUUCUAGAUUCUAAUCUAAUGGCGGCAAUCCAACAAGGCAAACCCUUUCUUCGUCUUCUUCUUCUUCCCAUUCUUCUGCUGCUGUGUUCCAAUCCGCAGGCGGCUAACGUUACUACUCUGACCCAAGGUGGGCCAGCCCUAAAUUCCACCUCCAACCUCGUCUCCCUAAACGGGCUCUUCACCUUGGGCUUCCGCUGGCUCGGCCCAGAAAAAGGAGAGCUCCUCCACGAUAAGGGCACCUACCUCGGCAUAUCGUACGUCGACGGCAGCUUCUUCUGGGUAGCCAAUCGCGGCUCCCCAUUCCCCGAUUCAGAAGGCGACGGAUGGUGGGUCGUCGACAAUUCGACGGCUCUAACCCUUGAUCAAAAUGGCACACUACAGCUCACAUCUUCCUCAGGCGUUCCCGCCGUCGAGCUAUACUCCAACAGUCGCCUGCGGAGGCAGAAAUUGAUCGCGCAGCUCGAGGACACCGGCAGUUUCUCCGUGAGGGAUGCUGAUGGCGGGAACUUGCUGUGGGAGAGUUUCGACUCACCAACUGAUUCGUGGCUCCCCGGGAUGAAAUUAGGGGUGGUCAACGGCGGCCAGAAUCGGAAGCUGACGUCAUGGCUGACCUUCACCAACCCGUCGCCGGGUGCUUUCACUCUGGAGUGGGAUCCCACCGCCGGGAAGGAAGAGCUCGUGAUGAAGCGACGAGGCGCGGUGUUCUGGACCAGUGGCAAGCAAUUGGGUCCCAGCAGGUUCCAGAAUCUCGACCUCAGGGGAAGAGAACUAGAUUUCAACAUUUCUCGGGUUUCCAAUCCUGCCGGCGGCGAGGAUUACCUGACCCUCUCAGCUACUUCUUCAACCGGCAAAAAUAAUUCUUUCAGCUUCUGGCGAUUGAGAUACGACGGGGUAAUUGAGGCCCCAAGCAUCAACAAGACCAUUCUGGACUCUGAAUUCUGCGAUGGGAACAGGACGGAAAAUGGGUGUCUGAGAUGGGAUGGCCCUGAGUGCCGAUCCAACAACGGCGACAAGUUUGUGGCACGACGUGGUGGGUUUAUGAACAGUUUUCCGAAUGGGAGCAGGUUUGAUUCUAAUCUCAGCAUCAGUGAUUGCAAGAACAUCUGCUGGACAAACUGUAAAUGUCUUGGCACUACAACCUACUUUCCUGGUGAUGGCACUUCAUGCAAGAUUGUAGAGUAUGGGGACUUCACUGACGUGUCGGGUUCCGAUCAAGCCCUGUACUAUGUCAUUGAUAGAGAAGCUUACGGAACAAUUGAUGCCCAUCGCUCAAUUGCAACCCGGAAUAAGUGGAUAGGGGUUUCGGUGGCCAUAGCAGGGGGUCUGGUGAUGGUCACAAUCUUCAUAUUUUGGCACAGAAGAAGACGUAAUCUCAAAGAGAGACUUCUAGCAGAGUUGAUGGGGGCUGAUGAUCGAAGUGACAAAGACAAGGUAGGGGAUGAUGGCAAUCCUGGCCACCAUUUGAAAAUGUAUACCAUGGCGUCGAUUAUUGCUGCUACUGAUAACUUCUCCCAUCAAAACAAACUUGGACAAGGAGGUUUUGGACCUGUAUAUAAGGGAAAACUACCUGAAGGACGAGAAAUAGCUGUGAAGAAAUUGUCCGAAAGUUCCGACCAGGGCUUGGUUGAAUUCAGAAACGAGCUUAUACUCAUUGCGAAGUUGCAGCACAAAUACCUUGUCAGGCUGCUGGGUUGCUGCAUCCAUGGAGAAGAGAAAAUGUUGGUGUACGAAUAUAUGCCCAACAAGAGCUUGGAUUCUUUUAUCUUUGACGAAUCAAAUAAGUUACUUCUAGAUUGGAGUAAGCGGUUCAACAUCAUUGAAGGAAUAGCUCAUGGAUUGUUGUACCUUCACAAGUAUUCUAGAGUAAGAAUCGUGCAUAGAGAUCUGAAAGUUAGUAAUAUAUUGCUGGAUGAAAAUCUCAACCCAAAGAUCUCAGAUUUCGGAAUGGCGCGUAUUUUCAAAACUAAUGCAUUGGAAGGUAACACAAACACAGUCGUAGGGACAUAUGGUUACAUGUCUCCAGAGUACGCCAUGCAUGGCACUUUCUCCACCAAGUCAGAUGUCUUUAGUUUCGGAGUAAUGCUGCUGGAAAUCGUGAGCAGCCGGAAGAACUAUGGCCUUAUUCAAUUGGAUCCCCCAGUCAACCUUGUCGGAUAUGCAUGGAAGCUAUGGAAAGAAGGGACUGCGUUAGAGUUUAUGGAUCCAGCUUUGGAGGAUUCAUGUACUUGUAAGAACCUUGUCCUCAAAUGCAUCAAUGUAGGGCUACUCUGCAUAGAACAAGAUGCCAAUGAUAGGCCAACAAUGUCGCAAGUAAUCUCAAUGUUAACUAGCGAAGCUGCACAAUUGCCCAAUCCAAAACAGCCAGCAUACACAAUUGCGAGUCCAGGUAGCAUUUGUGUGGAGGAAAGCUCAAGCACUGGCAACCCAAAGAUCUUUUCGGACAAUGAAGUCGCAAUAUCGACAUUGAAUCCUCAGUAACAAGCCGGAGGAAGUCAGUAUGUAGCAUUAUUCUUUUUCCUCGCUCUACAUGUAACUAGGUAAAUGAUAUGUACUCAUGAAUCAUAUGAUCCAACGAUGCAAGUUCAUAUUUGUAAGAACAGUAAAUGUUCGAACUGAAUUGGAUGCAUAAUAUUUUUGUUAGAAUAGAUACAAUAAUGGAUCUGUUUUGCAGAUUUUCUGAACCAAGUAGCUUGAUGAUGUCCC